AUGGAUGCCUCUUUGGUCCAAGCAUUACAGAAACCAAUUGUUUCUCCUGAUGGACGAUUCUUGGCUGUUGUCAAUGGCGAUGAUGCCAUCCGUGUUGUCCACCUGUCCAACACUGGCGCGAAUAGGUCAGGGUUUAUCGUCACGAGAGUCAUCAUCCCUGCAUCAGCCAGACAACUAGUCCGACAAAGUCAUCUUCUACGUUGGUCUCCUGAAGCCGUCACGAACCAAGGUCUACAUGUCGACUCGCCUACCACACAAGAGACGGAAACAGUCUUGUUGCUGUUCUCAAACGGGAAACGAGCGGUGGUUUUGAGCCUAGAACUGUCGUCGCUCGGCCACGGAAGCACAAAUGUCAUGGAAGCAGAUGCCACGGCCAACAUCGUGGCGGACUACCAACUAGGAGAUCAAUUUGGACGACUAAACUUCCUCGACUUCGUUUUGGGCCAUCGCCACGCUCUCGCUAUGUUUGAGUUUAGCCCCAACGCUAUCAUGCUGGACCUUACUCAGCCGCAACGUGUGGAACUUGCGGGAGUCAAGUACUCUGAUGCCAAAGGACUUGCCAAAGCGACAGAUUCUCGCCGGUUCGCGCUCUUGCGAAGAGAGCGUGGUCAAGACAAGAUUACCAUCUUUGAUAUUGAUGAGAAUCACCAAAUCCUCCCCAAAUCCUUCGACAUCCAUACUUCCGAUGCACAGGGUCUCAUGUUCUGUCCCAACGGUUCGCCAUUGCUGGCAGUUUGGGAUUCUGCAAGCUACGGAGUUAAAGUCCUCUUCUACACUGGACAAGGCCACGCCCUAAAACAGCUUGACAUCACCCCUGAGCAUGUCACCUCGGGAAAACAGCCUUUGGAUAUUUUUGGGAUAGGACUUACUUGCUGGAAGUGGCAGCGAAGUAUUGGUCAAACACUGCAAGCUGUUGGUGAUGGAACAAAGCAUGUGAUGGUGAGAUAUCAAAUGGAUGCGAGCAUGAAAGUUCGCACUUUAGCCAACUUUGUCCAUCCAGACAUCAUCAACGGAGGGGAAACCAUUGUUUGGCAGGAAAUGCAAACGCCAUCGUCCCCAAUGUCGUCUUGGAAACGAGAAUCUUCAGUGUUCUCAGCUACAAAUGGCGAACCUGAUACACCUACGGGCUCCCACGUGGAGUCUAUCCAAGUCAAUUGUGAUCACAGCUUGAUUGCCACCAAGAUCAGAGGUUUUAACACUGCCUUGUGGAUCUGGCAACCCGCCCACGACGAACCUUAUGUGGUCCUUCUAUUCAAGAACCCGAUCAAGACCAUUCUGUGGCAUCCUGAACUUCCAAAUGUUCUUAUUAUCUUGACCAUCCAGCAUACCGCGACCCUGUAUGCAUGGCAUCAGGCCGAUCUCCCCCCAAUCUCCGGGACAGUCUUUCCCGAUGUCCAGGACAGUGCUUCAGGCUCAAACAAAAGCUCUCUCGCGCAAAAGGACACGGCUGCUUGGCUUCCAUCAGCUUCGUGCGACUCCGGGCGUGUUCCCCUCCUCUUUUCGAGUCAGGGGACAUUUGACAUCGGACUCUUACGAUAUUCAGAUGGCACCCUUGCUUUUGAGAGCCUGCUGAAACAAGUGGACAACUAUCAUGGAGACUUCACCUUCACGAACAGCAUCGACGAUACAAACAUAGAGACGCCUAGCAGGAUCCGGGAAAGAGUCAGGCCGAAUUUGAUGGAGUUUCGACAAGAUCCUGGUCUCUGGUGA